AUGGCUCGCCGCGGACGGCCGUCUGUCGUUGGCGUCGUCGCACUCGUCGCCGGGCUCGCUGCGAUCAGCCUCCUCGCGACCCACGCCAGCGCAGACGCGUGUGCCACCGUGGAUUGCGGGUCAGUCGCCUUCUGCUCUGCGGCCGAUGAUGGCAGCACGGAGUGCCUGUGCGACGGGGGUUAUGUCUUCAACGUAACAGACAAGACAUGCAAUGAUCCGUGCGCGGAUGUGGCGGUGCAGUGUCCAGCGAGGGCGGAGUGCGUGGCGAGGAGGGGCAAGGCGGAGUGCGAGUGCGAGAUGGGGUACAUCCUGCAGAACAACACCUGCACUGAUGGGCUGCUGCAGACGCAGGUGGAGGUGGAGGGGCUCACCUACCUCGCGCUCCUCACCUUCGAGAGCCCCGUGCCCAUGGCGCACGCCACUGGCGCCAUGGCGUGCAGCGACGUGGGUGAUCUGGGCGGGGGCAGCAGCACGCGGAUCAGCGUGGAGUGGAAGUCGGUUGGCGUGGACACUGUGGGCACCGGCAUGUGCAAGAGCCUCUCGUUUCACUCCGACCCCGGCUGUGCGGACAAGGCAGGAUUGACCAUCGCGCGCCCUGCCAUGGUCGGCGGUGCCUUCCCCGUCACAAAAAGGACUGUGAAAGCAACCCCACCGCAGUCAAUCAGCUGUGAGAUCGCCACGUGUCACAAGGACUGCGGCACUGCACAGUGCGUGGUGAGGGACGGCGUGUCUGAGUGCAAGUGCCCCUGGAGCCAGGUGUUCGACGAGGCGCACAAGCGCUGCACCAGCAAGUCGCCCGGCCCCACCCCUGACCCAAACCCUAGCGGAGGCGCGGACCCGUGUGAGGCAGUGAAGUGUGCGAGGAACUCGCAGUGCGUGGUGAGGAACGGGCAGCCCGUGUGCGAGUGUGAUGCUGGCUACACCAAGGCCAACAAGGGCCUCUGCACUGCUAUCUGCAAGCCGGACUGCCCUGCCAAUGGCCAGUGCGUGGUGGUGGGAGGGAAGCCCGUGUGUCGCUGCAAGGCGGGCUUCCGGCAGGGCAAGAGCACGUGCACACCUGUGUGCAAGCCUACCUGCGGUGCCAAUGCCCAAUGCCUGGCGGUGAAAGGGAAGCCGGCGUGUCAGUGCAGCACGGGAUUCAAGUCCAUCAACAACAAGUGCACUCCCGUGUGCAAGCCUGGCUGCUCUGCCAAUGCCCAGUGCAUGGCGGUGAAAGGGAAGCCGGCGUGUCAGUGCAACACGGGGUUCAAGUCAGUCAACAACAAGUGCACUCCCGUGUGCAAGCCUGGCUGCUCUGCCAAUGCCCAGUGCAUGGCGGUUAAGGGCAAGCCGGCGUGUCAGUGCAGCACGGGGUUCCAGCUGGUCAACAACAAGUGCACUC